CUCGUCUCCUUUCUCCUUCUCCUCUCCUUUCUUUCUCUCUCUCUCUCUCUCCCUCGCCGCUGGAUCUCUCCACCCAUCUCGCUCGCACUUCGCCUCGUCUCCACCGCUUUCACUACGUCGCUCCGCGCGCUCCGUGACGCUGCGUGCGCGAAUGUUCGAGUAAGGCCGUACGUUCGUGUGACCUGUGGUUUCUCCGCCGUUUUCCUACCCCUUAGUGCGAGCACAGUGGCCGUCCGCAGUCCAUCAUAUCCGAUACUCCGGGCAUACACCCCGGAUUUUUACAAGCAUUCGCGCGAUCCCGAACGCUCGCGAGUGCUGUCCGCCGGAUACUCUCCCCACUCGUGGUGAUCGGUGCUUUCCAAACUUCGGAAACGUCGUAUCGCCCCCGCGAUACGAUACCGCCGCCGUGCUUGAAUCGUGUGAACGCUGCAAGUGUAUGUACGCGAGUAAAUAAAAUUGUUGGUCGCGUAGCGAUACGUACAUCCUCCAUCGAUCCUGGUGAAACGAGCGAGAGGAGCGAGAAAGAGGAGAAGAAGGGAGGAGAGAAACGAGAAGAGAAGAGGAACACCGUGAGUGUGAUUAACGAUCAGUGGUGGAGAAAGUGACUCGAGGAAGUGACUUCGUGUUACACUCUUCGCGGUUUUACACGCACGGGAACGUCUCGCGAAUGGACUAGCGGGCGAGGAGGGGAAGAGGAGAUCGGUCGGUGGACGAGGAAGAGAGGAGAAACGGCUACGUGUCAGGGUGGUGGGCGGUGGUGGCAGGAGGAGGAGGAGGAGGAGGAGGAGAAGUAUACACACUCACUCACGCACGCACGAACACUCGUGCGCUGCCAGAGAGACACUUGCACGCAGCGUGACAUACACGCUUACGCACACACACGCACACACAAAACACGUACGCACGCAUCCGCGCGCGCGCGUAGAAAUAAAGACGGAAAAGGUGGUGGUGGAUGAGAGAGGCGGUUGAAGGACGAGAGGGAGGCUCCGAAAGAGGGUGGCUCUCGAAAGGGUGAGCCCUCCAAGUGUCUCGUCUCCUCGUCAUCCUGUCGUCCAGGGUAUCGCUUACGAAUGUCGCGCGACCGACCGACGAUCCGCCACGACGUCCGCCUGCCGUCGGAGGCGACGCGACGUGCCCGCUAGCCAACGCGAUCGCGUGCACCACACGACCGCCAUUCGCGCCGCGCCAAAAACAUCCACGCUUGAUAUGCGACGCGAGCCGCGCUUCGAACCGCUCCGCGUGUCGGAUAGACUGUGUCGCCCAGCCGUCGCACCGUCGUCGUCGACGGUCGUGCCGCCCUUCUGACGGGACGGGCCGCCAGUGCAACGGGACCACGCCGCUUUCGUGCUCGGCCGCGGGACAAGAGGUGACCGCUCUUGCAUCAUUGUGGACACGCAACUCGACACAGCCUCGCCCGAGGAGCGUCGCGACACGUUCGACUCGUCAAUCAUGUCCGGCGAAACGGAGAUCGAGGUGUCGGUCGUGUCCGAGGAGGAUCUGGAGUUGGAGGGCUCGAGGAGCAGCUCGACACCGGCCGAGCUCCUCCUCAGGGAGGAGAAGAACGGGAAAUCCGGUUGCGGUUUGAACAACCACCACUCGUUCAGCUUCGACGUGGGCAAGCCCGCCUUGAGGCCUGCCUGCAACCCCCAGUACACGUCCUUCAGCAUAUCCAGCAUCCUCGGGAGGCCCGAAUCGCCCCCGAUCGACUCGACGUCCACCGUCUCGGCCGAGAGGCAAUCGUCGGACGUGGACAGGGGCUCGCCGCUGCCCCACAACGCGCAAAGCGCGCAGAGGAUCGGCUCGUCCUGCGACGACAGCCCGGCGAGGGGUGGCCUCUCGUCCCCGACGUCCUUGAGAUUCUCGGGCAGCCAGAGGGGCACCUCGAGCCUCGGCCACGCGGUCGAGAACAGGAGCAACGCGGGCAGCAUGGGGAUCGGAUGCGCUACCAGCACCACGAGCCCCGCGUCCACUUUCUCGCCGCCCACCGACGCCGCAGCGAACCCUUUGCUCGGCCAUCAAGCGUCGGCCGACUUGGCCAUGUUGUCGAGAUUGGGCUUGAUGUCGUCGCUGAUCGCGGGCCGAUAUCCGGUCGGGAUCGGUGUCGGCGGUGUGUUCUUCCCGUCGACGUUGCAGCACCUCCACCAGCAGCAGCAGCACCAGCACCACUCGAGGCUUGCUGCCGCCUCGUCGGCGUUGAGCAACGCCGUCCAGGUAACCGGCCAAUCGGACAUCGUGGACGCCGACGGCAUCCGCGGCGUCCUGCCCGGUGGCGCCGGUUGGCCGUUUCCAUGGAGGCCGACGCACGGCCUGCAGACGCUGGAGCAUCCGUCGCCGAGCGACGUGGUCGGCACCCUGAGCCGCGUCAGCCCCGCAUCCGCGUCCUUCCCGCAAAGGGACGACCUGGACGACGAGAACGGGGAGGAGCGUCUGCACCGGACACGGAGCCCGUCCACGGGCGACGAGGGACACGACGACCUCGGCGAGCAGGACGACUGCCCGGAGGCGGACGGCGAGGGUGAAUCGACGAACUCGGCGGGCCUCCACGGCGGCGGGAGCGGCGGCACAGGGGCGGGGGGCGGCGGCGGAGGCGGCGGCGGCGGAGGCGGGGGCCAGAACAGCGUGCAGGUCGGGGUGGACGGUCGGGACUCGAGCAGCAUGAAACGGAAGAAGAAGACGAGGACGGUGUUCUCCCGUUCCCAGGUGUUCCAACUGGAGAGCACGUUCGACAUGAAGCGCUACCUCUCCUCCUCGGAGCGGGCGGGCCUCGCCGCCUCGUUGCGGCUGACCGAGACCCAGGUGAAGAUCUGGUUCCAGAACCGUCGUAACAAGUGGAAGAGGCAGCUUGCCGCCGAACUGGAGGCGGCGAACAUGGCCCACGCCGCCCAGAGACUGGUCAGGGUGCCGAUACUGUAUCACGAGGCGUCGGCCGGGAGCGGAACGUCCGCGAGCGUCUCGGUCUCGGUGACCGCGCCGCCGGCCGCCGCUGCGCCAGCGUCGGUCGCCACGUCGGCGCUCUCCCACUCGGUCGGCGUAGGAGUCGGCGUCGGUGUCGGCGUCGGCACCUCCUGCCCCCCCACCACCGCACAGCCCAUCUUCUACUCCCAUCACCACCAGCACCACCAUCACCAUCCGGCUCACGUGCAGGCGCACACUCUCCUCCCCCACCAGGUUCACCCGCAACCCCCGCCGCCACCCCCGCCCCCGCCUAACGGCCAACCACCCCAAUCCUCCUCGCAAUAACACCGUCCGGCACACGAGACCGUCGGCCCCAUGCAACCAACCAACCGCGCCGACACCGCGAUCUCCCUCUCGCGACUCGCCUCGAUCGCCUUGUCCGGAUAGGAAAGGACACCCUCGCUCGCGCCGCUCGAUCAUCCUCCACCGAAUCCUCGAUCGUGCCUGCUUUCCGUAGACUUCGUCGUUUCGAACUCGAAAGUCGUCCCACGCGUCUUUUGCGAUACGUUCGCUCCUGGCAAAAUGAGCGUAAUGCAUCCGUGCACGUUUUUUCGGGCAAAGACGGGUAUCUUGGACAAAAAAAAAGAUUGGUAAAGUUACAAGUCAAAUUUAACUUUUUUGACGGGGUAGGCUUGGGUAAAAUUGCACGAUUUGUGUUUUAUCCAUUUCUUUUCCCACGAAAAAUGUGUGGAAGAGAAGACACGGUUAAUUGCAUUAGCCUCGAAAAAUAUAUACAUAUAUAUAUUUUCAAAUUUCAAAGUGGAAGAAGAAAAGAAAGAGAGGAAGAAUAUGGGUGAAAUUUAAUAAUGGUUUCAAUCAAAAUCGUAAUCUGGCACGUUCCAAGCGCCAACCCGAAAAGCUUUCCAACCGAGCUUCCAAUCGCAAACGGGACUGGCUCGCAAAGUUUCGGCACGAUCGAUGGCCCCUCCCCCUCCCCCUCCCUCCUCCCCCGAGUCACCGUUCCGAGCACGAAACGAUCUCGUUUUAUCCACGCUCGUCGCGCCACGUCUUUCAAUCGCACGUUCCAAAACCACGUAAUACAACAACAAGCCCUUCUCCUCCUCCUCCUCCUCCUCCCCUCGCGUAUCCUAUUCGAAAGUAUGGAUGCAUCGAAACGCGAUGAAGGUGGAGGAUUCUCGUGGCUCGUUGGCCGAGGGUUGGACAUAUAUAUAUAUAUAUAUAAAUAUAUAUAUAUAUGUACACAUAUAUAAAAUCGCCGUGGUCGAACGGCUGGCGACUUCCGGCAAGUCGAACAAUUGUAAUAUAAGUAUUGUAUCUAGUCUGUCAACAUGUCGAUAAGAAAACUGCUCGUGGAACGAUUAUUAAGAAUAUUUUGUCGAUGAGCGCGGGACAAACACACACACACUUGCACACGUACACAUGCGUAUACACCACGCAUACACACACACACACGCAUACACGUUUCUAUAUUCUGUCUCUACCUCUCUGUCGUUGUUUCGUUCUCGUUCUCAUCCCUCGCCUCGUUGUAAAGUUAGUAAAAUUGUUGUAACGCGCGAAUAAUCGUUUCUACGAUUAUUAUAAUUAUUUUCUUUUUCUUGAUCGGUCUCCUCUCGCUAUCUUUUCUUUUCCUUUUUUUCUCUCUCUCUCUCUCUCUGUUCCUUUUCAAAAUUUUGAAUAAAUCUCCUUUCAAUCGGGAACGUUGCAAAAGCGAAGCGAAGCGAAGAAGUCACAAGAGAGUGUGUAAAUGUAAUCGUUAAGAGAUUGUAACUAAUCGUUAGGUAACACGCAAGUAAGAAAACAGGCAGGGUUCCUACGACAUUAUUCUACCUGUUGUGAUAAGUAUUUAAACGAUUGAUUUUAUUAAACGAACGGUAGAGUUACGAAA